AUGCCAAGCUCACGUCAGCCCGGUAUGAUGCUCCCAUCGGUGAUCAAGUAUUCGCCGUAUCAUCAUUUCACCAUCAGGGGCUCUAAAGGGUUGACGCGAAAGCUCACGCUAGGGGUGUGCUGCAUGCAGAACAAGGCUACUAGUAACCCCAUGCAGUCCUUGUUGAGGAGACUAGAUGCUAGUGGUGCCUUCAACAUCAUCAUUUUCGAUGAGAAAAUGAUCCUGGAACAGGACGUAUCCGAAUGGCCGAUAGUCCAGUGUUACGUGUCUUUCCAUUCAAAGGGCUUUCCACUUUACAAGAGUUUGGAAUACGUCAAAAUGCGCCAUCCAGUGGAGAUUAAUAAGGUAGAAGACCAGCUGAAACUACGGAAUAGGCUUACCGUCUACGAGACGUUGAAGUCCCACGAUAUACCUUGCCCGGACUAUAUGGCGAUCGAUCAUCUGGAGUAUGGGGACCAUCAGUUCGUGGAAGCAGAUGAUUAUAUUAUUUACGACGGGCGUAAGUUGAAAAAGCCCUUUGUUGAGAAGCCUCUAGAUGGGGAUGAUCAUAACAUAUGGAUCUACUAUCCAACUAACGUCGGAGGUGGAUGCAAAAAGCUCUUCCGGAAGAUCGGUGAUAAGUCGUCAGAAUUUGAUGCGAAGCAGUCCCGCAUAAGGAAGGAUAAGAAGUAUAUAUAUGAGCCGUUCCUCCCAACAGGAGGAAUGGAUGUCAAGGUUUAUAUGGUGGGUGAGAUGUAUAGCCACGCUGAAGCCAGAAAAGCGCCUACUGUAGAUGGCAAAGUUAUGAGAAAUAAUAACGGUAAGGAAAUACGAUACCCUAUUACGUUGAGUGAAGUAGAGAAGGCUUGUGGAGCCUUGAUAGUGCAGGCCUUUGGGCAGUUCGUGACUGGAUUCGACGUCCUACGUACAACGGGAAGGUCUAUAGUGUGCGAUGUUAACGGUUGGUCCUUCGUGAAGGGGAAUCAGAGAUACUAUGAUGACUGUGCUAUACUCGUCCAGAAGUUCUUCCUGGAUCGGUUUCAUAUUACAUUCACAAUGCCUAUACCAGCUCUCAAAAACGUGAUGAUAAUAAUGCGGCAUGGCGAUCGGAAGCCUAAAGAGAAGCACAAGUUCAAAUCCUCCCACAGGUAUUUUUUGGACUACGUUAACGGUCCCGAGGAGAUGAAGAGGCUGUUGGGGAAGGUGAAGGCGGCUCUGCAAGAGCCUGGGCUAUCGGAAAAGGAUAGGAAGAAUAUUGAUACACUGAAGAUGGUUUUGGAUCUGCAUGAACAUUUCACUGGGCUCAACAGGAAGAUUCAAUUCAAACCGAUUAAGUUCGGCAUCAACGACCACGGUGUCGAGGAAUGUACCGAGGUGCAGGUGGUGGCGAAGUGGGGAGGAGAGUUGACUUCUCUUGGACGGAACCAGGCGGAGACCUUGGGCCGUAGACUGCGACAAGAGCUCUUCCCGAUCAAUAGUGAUGAUUGUACUUCACUGUUGCGGCUUCAUUCGACGUUCCGACAUGAUUUUAAGAUUUACUCUAGUCACGAGGGCAGGUGCCAGACUACCGCAGCUGCUUUUACUAAGGGCUUUCUGGAUCUUGAAGGUGAUCUACCGCCGAUAUUGGUUUCCUUGGUAUGCGUUGAUGGCUUUGCGAGGAAGUUACUUGAUCGCCCAAUUCCUAAGGAGGAUAGGAAUAAGGUUAAGCAAAUGAUUGAUACCAUCUUGCACACGGACAGUUCGGAGCUGAGGCCUGGCGAACUGCUGGAAAUUAUGGCACCGACUGAUCAUAAGGGUACGGCUGAGGCUGCGAGGAUGAUAGGGAACCCACUUAUCACCAUGAGGAAGGUUGGCGAACUCUGCCUGUCUUUUCUGGACCUCAUCUCGACAGAGAUUGCUCGCCUUGCUGAGAAGCACAAAUUGGACUCAGUGGACUAUUCAGAGUUCGACGAUGGAUCUCCUAUAAACGGCAGUUCUUCACCAAAUGCUCUGCCGGAAGACCCGACGUCCCCAGUAGAGGGCGAUGUCGGGUCGUCCCCAGAGACACCUCAAUCCAACGAAAGCGAAGCCUCCCCUGUUCGAGGUCAUCGAAGGCUCCGAUCGUGGACUCGCGGGGCGAGCGCGAGAGGUCGCAGUAAGGGCUUUCUGUCGUUCGUAGGGGAAAAGCUGAGAGAUAGGUUUUCAUCGACUCCUUUUGCGUCGUUUAUCAAGAAGGACUAUGCGAUCGGCCCUGGACCUAAGCUCCCACAUGAGCUUCAGGAUAGAGUAAAGCGACGGUAUAUACAACUUCAACGUAUAGAGCAUCGAUGGAAGAAACUGGUCCAAGGCUUCCUGAGUCCACCCCGAGGGGAGUUCGACACUACCAAGGUGCCUGAUCUAUGGGACUGUGUUUACUACGAUCUAGUUCAUCAUCGUAAUGAUGUCCCGCCAGCUGCCUUGAAUGUGCUUGAGGAGAUGUCUCUGUACCUGAUCCCAUUGCAGAACUGGACGAGUCCAAGUGAGUUUGGUAUUGAUAAGGAGGAUAAGAUCCGCAUAGGGGUGGAAACCAGCUGGCGGCUCAUACAGAAGCUAAUAAACGACUCGGAGUUCAUGUUGGAUGAGAUUACGGAUUCAGGCCAGCCCAGAUCGAAUGCUAAUGCUCAAACUGUCGGCUUUGAUGCUACGGGUACUCCCACUCUUCUACCGGCGCUUUCGAUGGCCUCGACUCCAUCCAAGAACAGUACCAAGAAUUCCCCCACCAACGCGGUUCGGCAGUGUAUCGUCCACUCGCAUCGGUUUAAGGACAGCGAGGAGUCGUCCUCAGGGGCUGCCAGAGAGGGCUCUACCGAAACUAAGAAGUCGUCUGGGUCAGCUACGCGAUCGAGUAGUGGUGAGAACUCCAAACGUCGCGAAGGGUCUCUGGAGAAGGCCAACAGAGGGGCCGCCGCUCCGGAGCUACGUGCUCAGCUGAGACAGGCUAUGCGGGAUGGCAGUGAUUGGCAUCCCAAACUGCACGAGACGGUUGCUCAAAUAACCGGCAUGAAAAGUACCAGUAAGUGUGUGCGUACGAGGAUCUACGUCACGAGCGCCUCUACUAUGCACAGUCUACUGAAUGUGUUGGUGAAUGGCGAUGAUGAGCAUAUGAAGUCGCCCAUAGAUCCUGCUAUGAUUAGGGAUAUCACGGACUUGCACUAUCUCACUCACAUAUCCUUGCGCGUUUUCGAGGCAGACGACUACGAUGGCCCCUCAAGUGUACAUGAUAACGAGCGGAGGAAUCGGACAGUGAGCUCGCAGAGUACUCGCCAGGACUUGACCCGGUACCGUGUAGAGAUAGGGCUGUCUCCAGGAGUGCAAGUGGUGGACCAAACGGCGACGGGUCUCCAAAUUAAUCACUACCCUCCUGGGAACCGUAUCAGGGAGUCCGAACUUGAGGUUGCUCCGUUGAAGCCUGUUAUUAACAUCGGCACGUUGAAGAACUACUAUACGCUACAGGAGCUCGAUACUUAUCUUACAUCGACCUUGGCUAAGUUCCAUCACUGUGUGGAUUCGGACAGUGAGCCUGAGACUGAUAACCAUCCUGACGAUGGAGAGAGGAGUAUGUCGCCGAUGGCAUUUGAGUCAACGACCUCAUAA